UGCGUCCGCCCACGCCGCCGCCGCGCGCCGACCCGAAUGCGUUCGGAGCGGACGCGCCACAGGCGACAGCGCUGUACGACUUCCAGUCUGGUGUGCCGGGCGAUCUCAACUUCCAGGCGGACGAGGUGGUGUACCUGGAGGGGCGCGAGAAUGCCGAGUGGCUGCGCGGCCGCUGCGGCCGCCGCCAGGGCAUGUUCCCGGCGGCGUAUGUGCGGGUGACAGUGCCGCUGGCGGACGAGGAGCCGCCGGCCGCGCGCGCCGACGGCUGGCCGGCCACCGCCCUCUACGACUUCGCGCCGCAGGAACCCGACGACCUGGCGUUGACGGCGGGCGAGCAGGUGCUGGUGCAGGGCCGGCUGAACGACGAGUGGGGCUGUGGGUCGGCCGGCGGCCGCAGGGGCCAGUUCCCGCUGGUCUUCGUGGACGUGGACCCAGGCUGCCUGCCCGUCUUAUGAGCGGCGAGCGGCCCUGCGGCUCUGCGGCUCUGCGCAGGCUGCGGGCGCCACACCAAGGGCCGGCCGGGCCAGGCGUCGGAGCGAGCGGUUCGCGCUUGGUGUCGCCGACUGUGUGGGAAGCUCGCCGCUGUCCCGCCGGCCAGCCAUGCUGAUGGACGUCGCUGCGCGGGAUGUUGUUGGCCUGAAGUUUGUUUAUUUAUUAUCAAAGUCUGCCGGUCACAGGGUGGCCUUACAUGUGCCUUCAGGUGCAUAUCAUGCGUGCUAGAGCAAUCAGCUAGGCAUUAAUGCUGUGAGAAAUGACUGUGCCUGCGUUGGAUUUGGUCCUGGACGACAGGCGGCGUAUUUCUCACCGGGAUGUUGGGUCCAGUUUCUGCUUGUGAUCCGAUCCGCCUGCUGUGCCGGCGAAGAGCGUUGUCCUAAUGUAGAAUCGCCUUACAAAGCAACGUAAUCAGACGUUCAGGUGCAUACUAAGGCUGAUAAUUACGAGGACCAAGUAACCAGGCCGCGGGCAUUGGCUCCCUUUCGGGGACUUGUUUAACUCCCCGCGUAGUGGACUGCCGGCUAUUUCAAAAUGUCUUGAAACGGCGUUUCGUUAGACGUUACGUUAGAUUGCGACGGAUUGCGUUAGGAUCGUGGGUCGCCUGGCCACACGUGAGACUAAGCGCUGAGCAGCCCACGUCUGUCCAGCGCCGCUAAACUCUGGCAGCAGGGGCCAGUCUGGUCUUCAGCGGCAUACCCGAGCGUCGGGCCGCUGCUGGGGCCCGUGCCGGUCUCGUAGCGGUCAGCGCGCGUGCCGGAGCGCCAGGAGAGUACCGAUUAUAUGACGUAGCGUCGGGAGACAACGACGGACCCAGGCAAUCGGCGCGAGGUGGAACAGGGGUCCGAGUGAGUGCUGGGGAGCAGCUGGAGGCGUGGCGCCCUCUCAGCCGCGAGCGCCGACGUGAGAGCCUUGCGGAAUGCGCGCCGUCGCCCAGCUGGGGCCCGCUGCCGCGCUGCCGUAGGCAGCGUCCGUGCCUCCGUGACCCGUGCGGCCGUUGGUUUAGCCUGAGGUGGUCGCUGGAGCUCGGAGGUUCUUGGCCCGUCUAACAUGAGUUGUGAUACGUGUUGUGCCUGAGAGUGCGCCUGUCCUGUCCCGUACUAAACGUGCCUUUACUCUCAUGCUCAGCGUGCGGUUACUUGUGCUGUCACUAGUCGUGAAUAAAUGUGGUUUCCGCCUGUGAA